CAGCCUUCCGAAAAGUGGCGGUUUACCCGAGACGGUUGUGUUCGUGUCCGUGUUAGCUUGAGUCUGUGGCGACCUGCGACCGAUAUUAGGCUGGUGCAGUCUCAGUAGGAGACCUGAGAAACAGGCUUUUCUCUGGUCCGGGACUCCCCGGCGUUCAGCGCUUCACCCCAUAACCGGAUAUCGAUUACUUGGACUCUUCCUCAGACCCAGGAGUCAUAGAUGCCAGGAAGUAUGGCCCCCCUCAAGAAGCCUCGAAAUACCACAAAGUUGCCCCUGGCGUUAAACCCCCUGAAGAGCAAGGACGUGUUGGCAGUGCUGGCCGAGAGGAACCAGGCUGUAGUACCCGUUGGGGCCUGGGUGGAGCCUGCCCCUCCAGAUAGUUCAGCAGUCCCGGCAUCUGCUUCAGCAUAUAUGAUUGAAGAAGAACUAAAGGAACAGCUAAGAAAGAAACAAGAAGCUCUGAAGCGUUUUCAGAGACAAGUCAAACGUCGAGUAAAUCAGCAAAUUAGGCUGAGAAAAAAGCAACAGCUUCAGAGGUCUUAUGAAACCGCAGAAAAAGAAGGCUCUAUAGCCAUGCACUCUUCAGAUCCAACACACUUAACUCCUAAAAGAACAAGUGUUUUUCCCAACAAUUUGAAUGCUGCUAUUGGAAGUGCUAGGUUGCCUCCUUCCCAGAAGCUUGAGGAUGGAAUAGAAGAUAGAGAGAAUCAGGAUGAACUAUUCCAACAACAAGCCGAGGCUCUUAGUCAAACCAUGAAACAAGCGCGUCACCGGCUGGCAUCAUUUAAAACUGUGAAUAAAAAAAAUGCACCAGUGUUUCCAGAUGAUCGAAAGAAAAACUUUCCCACCCAAGAGGAACCUGACACUGAGGAAUCUUCAUCUAUUAUGAUAGAUAAGAAAGGGAAAAAGAAUUUGUCUUGGGGGAACCAGCAGGAUCUCCUUUCUGAAGACAAGGAUAUACCUUUUAGCAGAGUUCAGAAAGUACAAUUCAAAAAUCCACUAUUUGCUGUGAUAGAAGAAGAAGAAGAAAAUCAGUUACAUCAGGAUGUUCUGCCAGAAGCCCAGGAUUAUCUUCCAGAAGUCCAAGGUGACCUGCUGCAAACCCAGCGUGAUUUGACAGCCGUCAACAGUGUUGAGCUGAAAGCCCAGAGUGCUGAGCCGAGGCUCAGUACCCAGGAUGUUGAGCUGGAAGGCCAAGCUGUUGAGCCCGAAGCCCAGGUUGUUAAGACAAAAACUUGGAGUGUUAUGCUGAAGGACCAGAGUUUUGAACUAGAAGAUGGGAAUAUUGUUUUGGAAGUCCAGGAUUCUCUACCCACAGACCAGAAUGUUCUCCCCAAAGACCAGAAUAUUCUACCCAAAUGUCAGGACCAGGAUUUUCUACCCAAAGACCAGCAUGUUCUCUCCGAAGACCAGAAUAUUCAACCCAAAUGUCAGGACCAGGAUUUUCUACCCACAGACCAGAAAGAAAAUUUGAAGCAGCCAGCAUCAAUUUUGGUAGCUAGGAGUGGGGGAGAGUUGUUUCCUCUGGAUGUCCAUCAGGAUCUUUUACACGAGCAAGAUCAGGCCUUCAUCAGCGGCCAGAAGGUACGCUUCAAGGAAUCAUACUGUAAUAUGACAAGUGAGAAAGGGAGAGAAGACUUUUCUCUGGCAGGUUAUCAGUGUCUGCCUCCUAAACUUCAGGACCAGGCCUUCAUCAGAGAUCAGAACAAGUGUAUCAGGCAACCCUUAUCUUUUGAGAAAUGGGAGAUUGAAAGCGGAAUUGCUUCUGGAGUGCCAUCGCACAGGAACUAUGGGCAGGCCUCACAUAAUGUGACAGAUGAGAGAUGGAGAAAGGAGUUAUUUCUGGAACACCAUGAAUAUGUUUUACAUGAAAUCCAGGAUCCAGGCUCUGCCAGAGAGCAGAGCUUAUGCUCCAUACAGCAACCAUCUGUUGGGACAGGGGAGAGAUGGCAAGAUUUGCUUCUGGAUGGCCAUCAGCAUCUUCCACCCAAGAACCAGAGAGAGGCUUCCAGCAGAAGACAGGUUGGUGGUGAAUAUCAAUCAGGAUUGAACACUGAAUUCCAAACUCCACUGGCACUUCAGUCUGGAGUAAGUCAAGAGGAAAACAAGAAAGAGUGUCAAAAGCAGUACCUGAGAUAUAGACGACUUUUCAUGGAUAUUGAGAGAGAACAAGUGAAAGAACAACAAAGGCGAAAAGAACAUAGGAAGAAAAUUGAAAAAAUUAAGAAAAAGAAAGAGCAGCAACGUUAUGCUGAAGAGCAGAGGAUAUUAAGAAUGAACUUGCAUGAAGAGCCAUGUUCAGGGGAGAAGAUGAGUGAGAUGUUAGCCCAGCUACAACUUGAGGAAGUAAAAGGAGCCAGGGAAAAACAACAACAGAGAGAAAAGGAAUACCAAAGAUAUGUAGAAGCUUUAAGAGCCCAGAUCCAGGAGAAAAUGCAGCUGUAUAAUAUUACUUUACCUCCACUAUGCUGCUGUGGUCCUGAUUUUUGGGAUGCUCAUCCUGACACCUGUGCCAACAAUUGUAUUUUCUAUAAAAACCACAAAGCAUAUACCCGGGCACUACAUUCAGUCAUCAAUUCCUGUGAUAUCCCUGAGGGGAACUCAGCUCUUCGAGUGGCCAUUCAUAAUUUUGCUUCUGCACACAGACGGACUUUGAAAAAUCUGUAAUAAGAAUGUGAAAUCACCUGUUAAUAUUUCAACCUUCACUUAAAAUCAGCCCUGAAAGAUUAUUUAGGAAAAGCUAUUGAAGUUUAUAAGAUAUGUAAUCUGGAAAGAAAGACUGUCCCACUUAACAGCUGUCUCUAUAAUUAGAUCCAUGACCAUUGUUUCACUCCAAGAUUGUAAGGUGACUUCCAAACUUAUCUCUUUGCUGUAAACCAUGUGGAGCAUAUUGUUUUAAAAAUGACCUGUCAGACUGGUAAGGUUUCCCUCACUUUGCUCUGCUCUGAUCAGAAGAGAUUAUUCGAAAUCUUUGAGAUUAUCUCAUUUAUUUGUCUUUCUGUAAUUGUACUUUGAGUCUUGACAAAAUUGCAGACGUCUGGAUGAAGCAGAAAAGAAGAUGAUGAAUGAGUUUCUGAGUACCAGUGGCCAUCUAUUUUGCUAUUAACUUUUUUAGUUGUGUAUAACAAUUAGAGAUGAGAACAGUCUGAAUUUGAUGUAUUUGUUUUCUCAAAAUUUUUUCUCUCCUGUUUUUUAAUUGAUUACCUCUUUCGCCAUCAGUGACAGUGGACAAAGGACUUUUUAAUUUUAUAAUUUUUAUUGCCAAAAAAAAAAGUCAAACCCUCUGUCUUUCGGGCAUCUUUUAUGUGAAAUAAUUGUGAGUGACAUUUCAAAAAGUGAAUCUGAAAUCAAAGUGAGUAAAGUCCUACCUUAUUUCCCUAUCUUAAAAAAUGUGGUGAUGUGGUGAAUGCAAU